AUGGUAAGAAAAAAAUCUCUUACAUGGAAAUUGCUCGAUGGAUAUCAUCCCUCAUAUGGUACAAGUAGAACUCGUGCACAAAUUCAAGACGCAUUUAAUGAUUGGGCUAGAUAUGCACCAUUAACUUUUAGAGAAGUACCACAAUAUGAAGAAGCUGAUUUUGAAUUGGCUUUCAUCCAUAGAUUUCAUGAUGAUAUUCGUCGUUUCGACGGACCAGGAGGAAUUUUAGCAUAUUCAUAUUUUCCUCCUUCAGGAAUAAUUCGUUUUGAAGCAGAAGAACCAUGGACAGAUGACACAACUGGCUUUAAUUUACAUCUUGUAGCGACUCAUGUAAUAGGUCAUGCACUUGGACUUGGUGAUUCCAAUGAUCCAUCAUCGAUAAUGUUUGAACGAUAUCAACUUUUCCAACCAGAACAGCUUCUACCAAGAGAUGUGAGUAAUAAUAUUCUCUAUAAUUUUAUAGAUCGUGCUGGUAUUCAAGCACUAUAUGGAUUGAGAUCUACUCCUAGAAGAACAUAUCCAACUACUACACGUAGAAUAACAACGCGAUUGCCUACAAGAUACAUACCAACAUCAUCAUGGAGAACGAUGAAUUAUUGGCCAACAACAGUAUGGUGGACAACAAGAUAUAGUCCUACAAAUACACGAAGAACAGUAAGAUAUAGAUCUACGACAACAUCAAGAAAGACAGGAUACAAAACAACAACAGUACCUACCAGAAAAACAAAGAUUACUAUACCAAGAAGGAAAAUAACAACAGCACCUACCAGAAAAACAAAAAUUACCAUACCAAGAAGCAAAACAACAAAAACAUCAGGAAGUACAUGGAGAUAUACAACUAAGCGCUCAACUAGUACAACAACAGCGUCGCAACCAAAUAAAGUAUGGGUAAGAUUAUGGCCAACAUGGACGAUAUUGUAUCCAACGUCAACAACUCAUUCUGUAAGAUACGAAUUAGGAUCAACCAAAGUAUCUAAAAAACAAAAUAUACGAACUACGAGAUUUAAAAAAACAAAGACAACAACAUCAACAACUACUAAAAUACAGAAAAUGUUGAUAACAACACUACCAGCAACGGAAUUAAUAAUAACACCGAAAGAAACAGAAGAAUCUAAGCAAGUAACAACAACAACUAAAUCAAUUCCAGAUAUAAGUAAGCUUACAACUGUGGAUAGAGCAACAGAGAAAUCAAUUGAAACUACAACAGUGUUGCCGAUCAGAAAAAUAACUACAGUGAUCGAACAAAUUAAGACAUUAUCAACAGAAACAGUUGCAGCGAGUAAUAUAACAACAAAGUUAUUAGAACGAACAUCAACAAUAGCAUCAGAAAAAGUACAGAUACUAACAAUAACCCCACUGAUAGCAACUAAAAAUAAUACAAAUGCGCAACAAAAUAUUUGA